GUGGUGGUCCCAUACUCUUCCGGAACCUAGCUGAGCCAUCGAACCAAUUAUUAUCCCGUGAAACGCGGAGUCUCGGAAGAACGCAAGCACGAAUCUGGCACCACCCGAUCCUUAAGCAGAUCAGCCAAUUCUUCAAUUGCCCCGUCCGCAAUGGCUAUGGCUCGGCCAUAUAUGCCUCUGCGGAGGUCCGUUUGUCAGGUCUUCCCUCGAGCCUCUUGCAUUCCUCGCGGCGUCUCAGCGCAGUUUCGCAGGCUCCUAUCAGAGCAAAAGCCACGCGAAUCCAAACCCUUUACUGUGUGGAGGCCAUACCUACGACUAGCAAUCGGUGUCCCGUUCAUCGCGGCCCUCAUUUAUUCCAUGAUGACAGGUGAAGUAACCGAACUCGACUCGCCGUCAAUCGUGGAGCUCGAUGAGGCAUUGAAGAAACAAGCAACAAUCAGCGAGACGUCACCUAUGCGUCUGCGGAUGGAGAAGUUGAUCAAAGAACACCAGCAGAAGAUCGUGGAAGAAUUGAGCAGGAUAGAUGGAAAGCAAUUCAAGAGCGACGAGUGGACGCGCCCCAAUGGAGGCGGUGGCAUAUCCUGUGUUCUUCAGGAUGGGAAUGUCUUCGAGAAAGCUGGGGUCAACGUAUCGAUUGUAUACGGCGAGUUACCUCGUCCCGCUAUUGAGAAGAUGCGAGCUGAUCACAAGUCCUUUGUCGGGGCCGAUGUGGACUCGCUGAGCUUCUUUGCAGCCGGUCUCUCCUUGGUCCUGCACCCACACAAUCCUAUGGCUCCGACAGUCCAUCUGAACUACCGUUACUUCGAGACGACGGACCCCAAGGACCCAAUUAACGGUGAUAAGAACUGGUGGUUUGGUGGCGGUACUGAUCUGACUCCCACCUACCUUUUCCCUGAGGAUGCCAAACACUUCCAUCAAACAAUUAAGGACGCCUGUGAUCGACACGACGCCACAUAUUACCCCAAGUUCAAAGCCUGGUGCGACAAGUACUUCUAUUUACCCCACCGCCGUGAGUGCAGGGGUGUUGGUGGUAUCUUCUUUGAUGACCUUGACGCCAGUUUCUUGGAGUCUUCGUCCACUUCUUCACAAAAUCCGCAGGAGACUCUCUUUUCUUUCGUGUCGGAUGGGCUUGCGUCUUUCCUCCCCUCCUAUGUGCCCAUCAUUGAGCGCAGGAAGGAUAUGCCAUUCACCCCAGAACAGAAAGAGUGGCAGCAGCUUCGUCGAGGUCGCUAUGUUGAAUUCAACCUGGUAUACGACCGUGGUACCAGCUUCGGUCUUCGUACACCCAAUGCCCGAGUUGAAAGUAUCUUAAUGAGUCUUCCUCGUACAGCAAGCUGGGCCUACAUGGACCCAGUGUCCGGGACUCGCACCGAGGAGCCUGAUUCGGAAGAAGCGCUGUUAACUAAAGGCAAGGAGCAUGAGAAGGAGAUCAUGGAUGUUCUAAGACAUCCUAGACAAUGGGUCUAGGAAUAACCGGAGUUUUCCCAUUUCUCUUUCCUGUACAUCAGAGCUGGUCCACCCUUCCUUCUGAACGACAAUUUAAUUUAUGUACGAUAUCGAGUAAAGUGAGCUCACACAUGGUAGCACAUAAAGCAAUUCGGUAACCCCCUCGGUACCGCAGACGAGAUCAUGUUGAGC